AACGUUUGAAUAUUAAGGAGUGCCUGAGUCGUGGUAGAAACUUUAAUUCAGUCAAAAAAAAUCUGUUUCUAAAUUGUGAUCUACAUACGCUAUCAUACAUAUUAUGUAGUAUCAAAACGUACAGUACUUUCUCGCCAACUACCCGCGUGGAGUCACCUCAAUUACUAUGCGACUGAAAUAGGAUGCAUUUGUUAACUGUCACGUUGGCGCUAGUAUCAACGCAAAUAUUCCGGAAAAGAAAGAGAGAUCCGAUUAUUUCGAACGAUAACUACGGACAAUAGAAACAAAUUCAGUUAAACCAUAACAAAUGUCAUUCACAUCACAAGUUCACAAAAGGCUGUAUGCUGUAUUGCGUGUACUUAUUUGAGUAUUUCGUUUAAUUUUCCAUCCGAAUCUCAUAGUAAAUUAUUUGAGAAAUAAAUAUGAGUGAUUAAAAAUGACUGAAAACAAUCGAAAAAGGUGCAGAAAAUCUAAAUUAGUGCCGAGGGAAUGUGUUGACUAUGUCGAAGAUGUUUCGGUUUUGCAGGAGCCCGCCCAAAAGAAGCUCCUUCUGGAAAAAAUCAAGAAAGAACCAGAAGACUACAUCCCACAUGAACAUAACCCCUCGACACAUAAAUUCUCAGUGGAAGUGGAAAUCGAAGGCAUGGACACUGCAGCCCCCGACGAGGACGCUCCCGAUUACAUGAAGUACCUCUUCAGUCUGUCCAAAGAAUCAGAAGAAACUGCGGAGAAUCCACAAAACUUAGAUUACGCUGAUAAUACUUUACUAUUAGAACAAAAACUUACCAUACCAGUGACCGAGGAAGAGAAAAAUUGCAUCGUAGAUGUGAAGAAAUUGCAGAAAAUGCUAGUUAUACUUCAUAGGAAAUACCCAAAGCAGCUAGAAGUUGUAAUGCAUUGCAGGAAUCAAUGGGGGCGGGCGUUCCAUGAGAGAUGUGCUACUGAAUUUAAGAAAGCUCCUAAUGAAAUCCUCUUACAAGAUGUACUUGCUAGAUGGAAGCAGUGGACAAUAGUGACUAGGGCUAAAGAGAGCCCGUACUGCUAUAAGUGCUAUAUUUGCGACAACGGUUGGUGGACAUACACAGAAUUCGUUGCACAUUUAACUCGGCACACAGCAUAUAAACUGCAAAUACAAACUAGAAACUUAGAGUGUGAUAUAGUGGCGUAUGAAGGCGACUCUCCGGGUGUUAGAGACGUUGAAAUACAUGGUAAAUGCACUAAAUGCGCUAAAACUUAUAACCAUCAUUUGACUAAUAAGAGAGAAACGGAUGCAUAUUACUAUUGCAACUAUUGCGAUGAGAGAUUUCAAACGUGUAGAACCUUAACUAAACACGAAGGUGCAUGUCCUCGAAAUCCUAUAAGAGUCCUAGCUAUAUCUAAAGCUGGUAAAGAAUACUCAUUCUUCGAUUUCUCUUGCGUUGUAUGUCAGACUCUCUUCUUAAGUAAUCCUGACUUGGAAGAGCAUAUGAUCAUAUGCCACAAAGUGCGAUCAGACGAACCUAUAGUCACUGUGUUCAAAACAUGCAAAGAUUGCGAACAAAUUUAUUAUAACUUCUACUGUCAUGUGUGUCUGAAAAAGAACUUUGUCACGGAAUGCAAGCAUUGCUUUAGAAAAUUCCAAAACAAGCAAAUGUUAGAGCAUCAUUAUAGGAUGUGGGACAAAAUUGCGCAGUGUAGUAUUUGCGAGAAAUAUUUGGUGAAAAGUUGUAUGGCAGCGGAGCACUAUGCGUUGCAUAGCGAUGAGUUUCUGUUGGUGCAUCGGUGUCUAGUGUGUAAGAAGCUCAAAGUGUUUGCGAGCGAUGAAGCGAUGAGGAAUCACAUCAACAAGUAUCAUAAGAGGUUUGAUGCGAGGCGGCCGAAAACUGAUAAGAUUAUUAUGCCAACAAUAAUGCUGCAGCAGUGUAUGGUCGAUCAAGUGAAGAAAAAUCCUCCGAAGCCCGUGACAAAAUCCAUUACCGCUAAAGCAACUAGUAAGGAGGGCUUCAAACUCACUCGAGGCGAGACUGUACCACAAAUUCGAGUCUACAUGCCAGCACAUAAAAACAAGCCUCAAAAAACUGAUGAUGAAACUACAUCGACAAAUACUACAAUAGCUCACGACGAUACAAUUACUAUGAGACCUGACGCCGAGCCUACAGAUAUCACUCCCGUACAGAUCAAAAAAGAAAAAGAAGAUAUAACUGUAAUAAUACCAAGACUGGUACCUAUAAAAAUAACAGCACCACCUAAAAAGGUAACAGUAAUCAGUGUAAAGGCUAUUAAAGUAGAAAAAAUGGAUAUUGACGAAGAAAAGAUAACUGAAACCGCACCAGGCGCUCAAAAUCCAGUUGGUAAGGAAAAAGAAGGUACUAAGGAAAAAGAAGGUACUACAAAAAAAGAAGUUACUGAAGAAAAUGAGGAUCGUAAAGACAUGAAUAACAUAAUGGCAGAAUUGACCGAAUUUCUCGAUAUCAAACCUGAAAUUAUCAAAGAGGAAAAACUUUCUGAUGACGAAGCAGCGCAAGCUACGAAGGAACUCACGAAUUUACUCCAAAUGUCAAACACGGAAUCUGAUAUAUCGAAAGUUUUUAAAGCUUCAAGCACUUUUGCAGAAGAAAUAACAGAUAACUCGGAACAUUCUACAGUAUUUCAGAUAUCUAAAACAGUAUUAGAGUCAGUGAAACAAGAAAAACACGUAGUGCAUGAAGAUGAAGACCCAAUAGCGGUGAGCCCUAAUACAUCAAGUCAAAGUGUCAGUGAAACUUCAGAUUUGAGCGCUUUAAAUUUAAAGCCAGAAGUCAUACUUAAAGCUGGUUAUAGAAAGAGAAAAAUCUACAAAUGUAAUAAGUGUGAUUUCUCAGGAUUCCACAAAGAAUACAAGGAGCAUAUUAAUAAUCAUUGUACCAAACCUAUCGCUCAAGAAUUCGUCGCUGAUGUCUACUAUAAAUGCACGAAAUGCGAUAGAGGAUUUGCUACUUUAAAAAAGUAUGCUUUACACUUUGAUAAGCACGGCUACAAUUAUAUGUCGUGCCCGCAAUGCGGUCAAGAUUUCGAGAGUGUAACUAAACUGAUGCCACAUCUAAAUAACCAUUUGAAAGUGCAAUUCUUUAAGCUGCAGCUUAUAAAAAGCUGCGAAGACACUGAUAAUUGUAAAGUGUAUGAGUGUAAGAACUGUAAAGAGGUGGUGGGGCAGGAGAUGUGGUUCGAGCAUUGGGAGAAGCAUCUGCAGCUGCUGAAGCCAUCGGAGAAGGCGCCGCAGGAGAAUAUAAAGAUUGGAGAGCACGGUGAACGUUCUCUUAAUGCGGGCUCGCUGAAGGAAGUCUUAGAGACUCUCACCAGACAAUUCACGAACGAGAACAGGCGCGCAAAAUCCUGCAUCGUCUGUUCCCGUGUGUUCGAGCGGAAGAACGACACUAAACGCCACCUGAUCGAACAUCUUCUAGAGGACGCUUACGCCAACAUAGUCACUAAUCAGAUGCUAAAAUGCCAAAUAUGCGGCGAUCUGCACAAAAAAACUGAUAGUUACAAGAAGCAUAUGAGGGAUCACGCUAAUUUACCUAUAUACAAGUGUGGGCUAUGUAAUAAGACGUUCAGUGAUUCGAGUAAUUUCACUAAACAUAAAAAGAUACAUAAUUUGAAGGCGUAUAUAUGUGAUAUUUGCAGUAAGAAGUUCCAAGCGAAGGCUUCCUUGGAGAAGCAUAUACAGAUGCACAUGGAAACAGACCCGAUAACGUGCGACCAGUGCCAGCGCGUGUUCCACGACCGCUCCUUCUACAACCGCCACUACCGGCAGCACCACGACAAGAUAGUCACCAAAUUCAGAUGCAUGCUCUGCCGAGAGAAGUUUCCGUCGCUCCGCCAGAAAUGGGACCAUCUGUGGGAGGUCCACAAACAGCGGAAAGAGAUAGCUGACUGCCCCAUAUGCGGCGUCUCGUACAGGAAAUUCAUCGAUGUGAAAAAACACGCUUUUCAGGUACACGGCAAGCAUAUCACUCUCGCCAGUCUGUGGAGUUUACUCAAUAAGAUCAGGAAUACAGAUAGUCUGGCGGAGAGUCUGGAGUUGUUGAGGGGUAAAGGAGAGGGGAGCAAGAGUGAGAAGGUCAAGGAGGAACCGGCCAGCAGUGAUGAUGAUUGUUUAUUGAUAGAGGAAGAACACGAGACUCUAGUUGUUUAUGACUGACUGUUUUUAGUACUUGCAUACUUGUAGAACAGGGGCUUGAGACUCUUUGAUAGAGAAAGAUAGUCUUAUUGCGAUUCCUAUAAGAGGAAAGAGAAAAUAGUACCAUGCUUUGUCCUUAUCACCGACCGGGUGGCAUCAUAGCAAAGAUAGAUAUAACUCCGUAAUAGAUGGAUACAGUCUAAGGAAAAAAACGUGCCUCGAAAAUCAAGAAAAUUUGAUUCUCGUUCAGAGGGCGCUACUAGUUUUAGCCUACAGUCGUAUAGAUGGCGUUGACGGUUUCGUUUGUUAUUUAACAAUUUUAACGCAUAUCAGUGAAAGAACAUGGGUCAAAAUCAUAAAAAUAAUCAAUGCAAAUAAAAAAAAUCAUUUAUCUAUAUUUAAAUACAUUCUAUCGUAUUUUUAUAAAUCUUCAUUUUUAGUUUUAAAGUGUGUCGACAGAUGGCAGUGAAUUUACUGGGGUUACAAAAUUUACUAUGACAGUAACGCUCUAGUAUCAGUUACUCUAUGAUCAUAGGUAGGAGGCGAUGGCGAAAUACCGAAAUUUAUAAGAGUGAAAGAGAAAAAUCCUAUGCUGCCCAAAUUUUGUAUGAAUAUUCUUUCUCUUACCCCCGGUCGCUCGGUGGCGCGUCUAUAACUACUUGUAUAUACUAUGUCUAUGGUGUAGAAGGUACGGCCACGUCUGAAAAGAUCGAUACGGAUAAAGUGCCAUAAAUAUACACUACCUUAACCCAGGGCUCGGAACCGGUUUUUUUUAAAAACCCUGAAAUAGGCCAAUAUUUUGAAUUAUUUUAUGCUCAUUACGUAGGACUGAAUCACGAAUUUAGAAAACAAUUUUGCAUUAUUAAAAUGUCCCAUUAAAAAUGAAAUUAUAAACAAAAGAACGUAAUAAUAACGGUAUUUUUGUAUGGAGCCAAUACCGGUUUCCGACCCCUGCCUUAACCUUUUGAACGCCAAUGACCGAUGUAUACGCACCGAAGAUUCAACGACAAAGACCGAUUAAUCGUCUCGCGCCACAAAUCUGACGGUUCCUGUGCUGCCCCCUAUAGUUCAUGCACGCUACCUAUAUAAAAAUUAUGAACGGAGAUUUGUUAGUCUUAUUUUGUGACUGUUUGAAAAAUUGUAUCGAAAUCAGUUUAGUAUCAUGUUGACAUGAAUUGAGGAACGUAUGUUUUGUUUAGUAUUUUUUUUAUUAUAAACUGUAAUAGAUAUCAUACACUAAAGAAAAGUGACCAAGUCCACCGGUGGCCGAGGCGUUUGUUCCCUAGUUGUAUUUUUUUAUUGUUAAAAUUGUAACUUUGUUAGUAUAGUAUUUUAGUACCAGGGCCCCAUUUCACAAACGGUAUUAGACUAAUAUUAUUAGUCCACGAACUGUCAAAUCGUAUGGGUUGCCAUGACAACACAC